UGUCAGUUGUUCAAUUCAAUUCGGUAACAAAAAAUAAAAUUCCAGAGACUAUGGGAACGAAAUUCAAAAAUCUCCCAGAAGGGGAUUCCGAUCAGGAGGACUCCGAUGAAGACGAGGAGGCAAUACCCGACGAACAAGAAGAUCAUAAUCUAAUACGCAUUGGCGUCAUAGCCGAUACAGAAGUAACUAUUGGCCUACUGCUCGCCGGCGUUGGUUAUACUCGUGAGAACUUUUGCAGCUAUCUAAUGGUGGAUACUGGCACCACACUCGAGGAGGUGGAGAGCUUCUUUCACGUAUUGUAUAGGCGUCCAAAUAUUGGACUCAUACUGAUCGAUUAUCCGACGGCGAAGCGUAUGCACCACAUAUUGGACAAGUGCAAGAAAGUGCUGCCCGUUAUCGUCAUUGUGCCCUCGAAAGGCUCCAUAGGGCCCUACAUGGAGGAGAAGGAUCGACAUCGUCGUCAACGGCAGCGCGAUGCAUACUAGAAAUAUUCCAAUUGUUCUACAAUAAACUCUAGCAUCUGGAA